AUGGUCAAAUUUUCAUACAUCUCUAAAAUAGCAUUAGGAGCUUGUGCAGAUCACGCCCAUGCCAUCCUUUACAUCUAUGGUACGAAUAAUGUAAGUUUUCGGUAUUAUUUUGUGUUUUUCCGUUUUUAGGUACUCAAAACAUUGAAUGUCGUUGAGUUUUAUGCUUUGAGGAUCAUGAAGUCUUGAAGUUCUGUCAAAUUGGCCAAAAAGUCUGUGGAAAAGAUGUCAAAGAUGAAGGAGAAAUUUUAAGGAUUGUUGUAAAUAAUUCCAUUGACUUUUUGACCAAUCUAUUGUCGUAUUUUUGAAAUUGGAAGGUGUUUCACCUUGUUUUUAUACAAAAUACGACUUUAAUUCUUCUGCGACUUCAGAUUUACAAUUUUUUUUGAUGAUGAUCUAAAUUUACUUUCAGAUAAUCAACAACAAGAUCUGGGCACUGCAAAGUUCUUGCAGGAGGCUAGGAAGAACGAUGGGACUAUCUUCAGAACGGUUAUUGCCAAAUAAUGUCAAAAAUGUAGGUUUCUUUUUUUAUCUCUUUCCACGUUUGGGUAUACAUAAGUCAAAAUAAAGAUGUGAUACUAUGACGAGUUUUUUGCUUAGAGUUGAACAUAAAGGAAAGCAUGAUAAUGUAGUGUAGCAUCUAUCUUUGCUAUUCUAUCAAAUUGAAAGUGAUUGCGAAUUUUAGCUUUUUACUUUUCUUACAAAUUAUGAAAACAACUUUCAAAUAUGUCAUUUUGCAGUUUUCGAUAGGUUGGUCGAAUCGAAAACGAAAUGUUUGGAACUACUGGACGUACGAUUCAUGAAAACUGUAGUCGAGCGUGUGACAAACUUGACAAAACGAGUGUGGUCAACAAGGUAAAGCUUAUUUUUUAUUUUUUUUGAAUAUUUAGGUAAUAUCAAAGGAGGUAAAGUUGUUUUAUCAUUAUAUGGUAAUGUGAACAUUGUUUUACAUAAGAAAGAAGUUGUUUCCUUACAGUAGCUGUACGUUAAUGAAUUUAUUAAUUUUUUCGUUUCAGAACGGUAAGAACGCUAAAAAAGUGGUAUGUCGUCGUUGUUCUUCGCUCAUUUUUCCUCCAAACGUCGUGAAACUUGUAGAAGGUCAGUUUUCAGACACAUUUACGGUUUAUAAUUAAAUUUUUGAAGGUAAACGUGCAGUGUAAAUUGAUUGUUAAAAUACUUUUUUAACUUCUCAGUUAUUAAGGCGAACCCAAAGAGCUGAAGAAGAUGUCAGUGCACGGUACAGACGCGCUGGGAUCUGAAAUUGCUCAAGUUUGGUGGAAGACUUCGAAUGAGAUGGACUUUGACACAUGGGGAUGUCAAACAGUGGAUGGUGUGAAGGCAUUGAUGUGUGGUGAUUGUGACUUUGGACCAUGGGGCCAUAGAAUCAUUAGCGAAAAGGAAACCGUGUUUUAUGUGGCGGCCGAACGAGUUGCCUAUGAAUAA